AGAGAGAGAGAGAGAGAGAGAGAGAGAGAGAUGGCGAGGAGAGCGGACGAGGAGUACGACUACCUGUUCAAGGUCGUGUUAAUCGGGGAUUCAGGGGUGGGCAAAUCCAACCUCCUCUCCCGCUUCACCCGAAACGAGUUCUGCCUCGAAUCCAAAUCCACCAUCGGCGUCGAAUUCGCUACCCGUACUCUCCAGGUGGAGGGCAGAACUGUGAAGGCUCAGAUAUGGGACACAGCAGGACAAGAGCGAUACAGAGCAAUCACCAGCGCCUAUUAUAGGGGUGCACUGGGCGCUCUCCUGGUUUACGACGUGACAAAGCCAACAACUUUUGAAAACAUCAGCCGGUGGUUGAAGGAGCUGAGGGACCACGCGGACUCCAACAUUAAUAUCAUGCUGAUUGGCAACAAGACCGACUUGAAGCAUCUCAGAGCGGUUGCUACCGAGGAUGCUCAAGGAUUUGCUGAGAAAGAAGGCCUUUCCUUCAUAGAAACAUCGGCGCUAGAAGCAACAAAUGUGGAGAAGGCUUUCCAAACAAUCCUGUCGGAGAUAUAUAGGAUAAUCAGCAAGAAAAAUCUUUCUUCGGAGUCUUCGGCUCCAGCUAGCAUAAAAGAGGGGAGAACUCUAGAUGUUGGUGGUCCUGACGCCAACACCAAGAGGCCUUGCUGCUCUUCGUCUUGAGUUUUGGUUGACGUUGCCAUGGAAACUUCUGUCCAUUUCAUCUUUCUUUUAUGUCAAUUGGUUUGAUUCUGGUGUUUUUGUAUUCAAAUCUUAUUUGGUUAAUUGUUGUAGGAUGCUUAUAGUUAGAUUUUGUAACUGGAGGGUUCAAUCCGAAAAUAGGUGUGCGGAUUGGACCGGAGAGAAUCUAAAUUCUUUUUGAAUGGAUGCGCUUAAGCUUGUUUAA